UUUUUAACAAGUUGGCCUUUUUAACAGGUUGGCGUAGAAAGGUGUUUUCCUUCAAGGCGAGAUUUAUUUUAUUUUAUUUUAUUUAAAAAAAACCACCCUCCGUGCCUAACUCAUCGCUAUGCAGCUUCUACUGGGACUUUUCUUCUUCUCCGUCCUUCUGACUACAGGUAAUUCCUUGUCGUGUGAAAUAUGCAACGCACAAAGUUCAGAUUGCUCUGGAUCAAAGCAAGAAUGUGGUUUUGACAAUGCUGUUUGUAUGAAGAUGACUACUGAACUUAAUGUCGGAUCCCAGAAAGUCCAAAACACUAUGAAAAGUUGCAGUCCAAAAGAUGGUUGCAAGUUAUUUGAAGAGCAGAAAGGGAAGGCUUCCAGUUCCCAGGUACCCGGCAUUCCAGUUGGAGCAGUCAUUAAAGAAGUUAUCUGCAGCAAAGCUCCUCCCUCAUUUGCAUCCUUCUUCCCAGCAUUCCUUGGGCUCCUCCUGAUGAAGCUCCUCUUCUAAAGCUUCUCUUCCUCCCACUCAAGAAGUUGUCCCCUUUUUCUUGGCCCGUAUAAUCUCUCCAGCUGAUCAGGCAGGGUCUUCGAUGUUAUGCAUAGAUCUGUAUAUUUCCCCAAAUGGAAACCAGUUAAGCAGACAAAUAUAUAAUCAGCAGCCUUGAAUGUGUGUUUGAAGAGAAAAAAAAAUGGCAUAAUUCCAAUAAAGAAAAUAAUAAUAAUAAAGAAUAAACAAUUGGAUUCCA